CCCCCGAGUUUGUCGCCAACUGGCAAUCCACCAAACAGGUCGAUACCGCGCUCCUAACUGCUUUAUUCGUGUCGCGUAACCCAUCUUUGUAUCUGACAUAUCUCAUGAUGUGUUUGUGCCGGCCUACCGCUCUGCUACAUCACCUCGAACAUCGAUAGCAGCACUACCGCCAAUCUUUGGUCCGCAAUGGACUCUUUGAGACACUAUGCCUUGGUCGCUUUGACGUUUGCUUCCUGUCUGUUGGCCCUGAACUCGGCCGAUGUCUUUGCAUAUGGACGUACCUUGCACGUUCUUGGCCUGAUUCUCGCAUCCAUUGGCGCCUCCCUCCUGGCCUUGUCGCGCUACCUCAAUAGGCCCUCCACGACUUCCUAUACCGAGCUUCCUCUCGAGGAGACCAACUCCGACAUCUCCCCACCAUCACCGCGCUCGCCAGUAUCGCCCAGCCUCAGCCAUGCUCAGGUUCUUCAGACUAGUCUUCGCGUCUUGCGACUAUUCUUCGUACUUCUGGUGGUCGCCAUAUGCGCUCGCGCUGAAGCUACAAGACGUCUCGUCAGAGAUGUCCAAUGUGUCGGACCUUCUUACGUCGAGCUGAUACCAUUUGGCCUUGCCAUCAUCGACUUCUGCAUACACCAAAGACACAAAGUCUCUGCCGCUGAGGACAACUCCAAUCUGAGUGUUUAUGAACUUCUCGAAGAGUUUUGGGCCACCAACCGCUUCCGUUAUGUUAUCAUUACCGCUCUCUUUGGCCUGUCAAGCGCAGGCAUUUUACACCAGAGCGAUAGCCCUUCUUCCACGUACAUCUGCACGCCCGCAAUUCACGAUAAAAUGAUUACGAUUCAACGCAUUGCUUUAGUUCUCGACUUUUGCAUUUCUUUCUGCCUGGACGCUCUUGUACGUUCAUAUUCCACCUCUGGCAGAUCUUCUCCUGCCAAAUCCUUAAGCAUCAUCGGGUGGGCCUGUCUUCUCUCUGCUUCUGCUAUCGGUAUUUGGGGCGUCAUCUGGUUCUUCGCUGUCCCCGAGGAUAGAUUUUGGGUGCUCGAGAUACCUCAAGGCUUCAUUUGGCGUUUGAUAAAGUUCGCCGCUUUGUGUUGCAUAGCAGCACUAUCCUCUUGCAUUACGAUUUUCUACUCGGGUGCCAUGUCGAUUACUUCUGUUCUCAUUUUUGUCGCAUCGUGCUCGAUAACUCUUAAUUGGUCCUGGCACACUUUGCCAGCAUUUCCUCCGGAUGCUGACACAUCGGCUUUGCUUUCCUUCUGCGGCCUUGUGAUUGCUUUUGUCGCACUCAUACAUACCCAGGUCGUUUCGGAAGACCACCGCCGCAAAAAGUACGCUAUCUUCUCUGACACGCCAAUCACUCUCAUUGGGCUUCUGAUAUUCCUUUUCUGUGUCCGUUUCCUAAUCUGGCUUGGCCACAUCACGCAUGUCGCAUAUCAUCCUAUCGAUCUCUUGAUACAUGAAGCGAACAAUCUUCAUAAUGUUUAUACCGGACGAGCAUACUCGAGUGCUAACUUGACAGCUGCUGUGGUUGAGUAUCAGUAUCGCCAUGGCAGAAAUCCCCCGCCUAAUUUCCACGAAUGGUAUAGGUAUGCAAUUGGGCGUGACUCCUUGGUCAUCGAUGAAUUCGAUAAGAUUCAUCAAGACUUGCUACCAUUCUGGACUCUUGAUCCGUCGGACAUUCGAGAGCGAACAUGGCAAACUAUAUCCAAUCCUUGGAACGAUGUCGCUGGAAUCAGCAUUCGUAACGGCAAGGCUGAGAUCAGUCCAAAUGUCAUGCCGACGCAUAGAUGGAUGCUCGACGGUAUUGUUGAUAUGAUCAGUCGCUUCAGCGAGUUUCUGCCAGAUAUGGACUUAGGCUUCAACUUGAACGAUGAAUGCCGUGUAGCAGUCCCAUAUGAAGAUAUACAGGCGAGAAGAAAGGCUGCUAAGCGGAAGAUCGACUCAUACAAUGAUGCAAAAAAUGCCUUCAGCGGAAAGCGGGCGGAUGCCUGGAAGCCAGUACCAGAGGAAUCCAGCGGGAUUGCGCCUUUUAGGGAGAUGUCGUGGCAAAGGACAUUCAACGAGUUUGGAAAAGCUGGCUGCCCACCAGGCUCUGCAGUGCAAAGUACACUGCAUUGGUCUACUAGUCAUCUGUGCACAUCUUGUGUGGCUCCUCAUUCGCUAGGUGCAUACCUCUCCAACUGGACGAAAAGUGCAGACAUCUGCCAUCAACCUGACAUAGCCAAUCUGCACGGCUUCUAUCUUUCUCCAGCAGCUUUCAAGGCAACUCACGAGCUGUAUCCUGUCUUCUCACAAUCCAAAGUUCAUGGCUACAACGACAUUCUGUACCCAUCCGCAUGGAACUACAUGGACAAAGUCAGAUACGACCCAAACGACGAUCAUCCUGACCCUUCUUGGGACGACAAAACACGCACACUUUUCUGGCGGGGAAGCACUUCCGAAGGUGUCUCAUCUUUCACGGGUGUAUGGAGAGGCAUGAGUCGCCAGCGUUUCAUGAACCUGGCCAACAACAUCGCCUCCACUGUGCCAUUACAAUCAAUACUCCUACCUUACCCCUUUGCCAAGAAGCGCAAGCAGCUGGCCUAUGUGGAUGUGCCUACCUCAGAGCUCACCAAGCACGUCCCCGUGGACGUCAAGCUCGUAGAUCAGAUCAUCCGCUGCGGCGGCCCAGACUGCGACGAUCAAGCAACGCAUUUCGACCCCAUGGUCCCACCAACAGACUUCCAGGCUCACUGGUCAUACCGCUAUUUACUCGAUCUCGACGGCGCCGCCUUCUCCGGUCGCUUCAUCCCAUUCUUGCAAUCACACAGUCUGCCGUUCAAAGCAGCCUUGUUCCGUGAGUGGUGGGACGACAGAUUGACACCCUGGCUCCACUUUGUGCCUCUCGACCUCCGCGGCCACGGUUUUUGGGCCACUCUCGUCUAUUUCAUGGGUCUCGAAGGCAAAGUCCAAGGAAAGCAUAUCAUGUUACCCGGUCAUGACAAGCAAGGCAAAUACAUCGCCGAAGCUGGACGCGAAUGGACGAACAAGGUGUUGAGAAAGGAAGAUAUGGAAAUAUACAUGUUUAGGCUGUUGCUCGAAUAUGGCAGGAUCACGGAUGACAAUAGGGAUGAAUUGGGGUUGAGUGUUGAGGAGGCGGAAAGGAUUGGGAGAAAAUGGCUUGGUGAUGGGAAGAUGUAUUAUGAUGAUAAGCAUGAGUAGGAUCUGUCAACCAAUAUCCAGUUUGAUCACAUCUCUAUCGACCUUCGUUACCUGCCGCUUUUAGUCGUACAUGGC